UUAUGUCUAAUGACCAUCAAACCAAAUCGGUGGUGGACGCAAUUCAACAUGGUGCAUGCCACUAUGUUAUGAAACCGGUUAGGAAAGAGAUCAUUGCCACCAUAUGGCAUCACAUUAUACACAAGAGGGUGAUGUCUAAACCUGUUUUAGUUCCACCAGUUGUGGUACAUGAUUACUGUUCAAAGCAAGACAAAGAUGAUUCAGUGACCGUAGACCAAGAUCGUAGUGAGCAGAACAUCAAUAAGAUAGAAGAGAAAACAACAAAGAAACGAAAAAUGACGGUUAAGAGUAAUGGUUCAGAACAAGAUGACGAUAAUUCAAGGGCCGUAAGCAAAGACAACUUUGAACAAAGCAUCAAUAAGAAAAAAAAUACAUCUUUCAAGAAACCGCGGAUGUCGUGGACUGGAGAUCUUCAACAGAAAUUUCUCGAUGCCAUCGUUAUACUUGGUGGGCCUAAAAAAGCUACCCCAAAGGGACUUCUCAGAUGCUUGCAAGAUAUGAAAAUCGAAGGACUCACUCUAAACAAUGUGUCCAGUCAUCUUCAGAAAUAUCGUCAAACUAUUGAGGAGAACCCAAUUCCUCAACAGUACCCAGAAACUGGUUGGUCUAGUGUCUGUAAACCCUCACCUUUCUUAGGUAUGAACAAUUGUUUCUUUGCACCAUCAUCCCUUUUGAAUGGCCCACCUGUUUACCCGAUCCAGGACAAUCAAUAUCAAAAUGGUUACUUAGCAAUGAACAACAACCAGUUCGUGACCAAUAAUAUGCCUGGGUUUCCCUUCUUGAACCAUGAUCACCAUCUCCAGCAGCAGCAGCAACAACGAAAAUAUCAGCCUUUCAAUCAUGAGAAUUACAUGAUCAGAAAGAAUGAACCUGCACAAACUUAUAAUGGCAUCGAUUUAACGGAUCUUGAGGUUAUUUAUCCAAGUUUGCCGUAUGAUCCAAACGAGUUUAUGUUCGACGGCUACAAUUUCGGUAACUGA